UCAUGCCUUUAAUAUCUUUACAGCUCUGAUAGCCAUUGGACAAUACAGCAUGACAAUAGAGACAGUGGAUGUUGGAUGGUGCAAAGAAAUCACAGACCAUGGAGCCACCCAAAUUGCACAAAGCAGCAAGUCUCUCAGAUAUUUAGGGCUGAUGAGAUGCGAUCAGGUGAAUGAAGCCACAGUGGAGCAGCUAGUGCAGCAGUAUCCACAUAUAACCUUCAGUACUGUACUACAGGAUUGCAAGAGGACAUUGGAACGGGCUUAUCAAAUGGGCUGGACACCCAAUAUGUCUACUGCCUCUUAACUUCCUAUACCAUCAUGGCAGUUCCACUCUACUGCAUUCAGUAGAUUUAAUGGGGAUUGCAGAGGAUUCACAACCUUUUGUGUGAUGCAAUAUAAUCGUGAGUUUACAGAGAUUACAGUAAAAUGGAAAAAGCUGUACACUGACUUUAAUGUACUGUAGCUAAGUACUAAUAUUAAAGCAAGACUUUUAAAGUG